UGCUUACAUUCUCGGAUCAUUUUCCAUAUCAGUAACCAAACAAAGAAGAAAGCUAGAUAUUUUGGAAGCACAUUUCAAGUAUAUCAAAGAAUGAAGAUCACAUUGGCAGCGGCAUUCGUCCUUCUCUUUGCCUUCAGCACAAAGCCACUGCUCGGAGGAUCAGCCGAUGCAAAACCGGAGCCAGUUCUCUCCGGCAGCAAAGUUCUCCGAGCAGAUCACAGUUACUACAUAAUUCCAGUUCCCCAGCCCCCAAGCGGCGGCCUUGAGCUUGCAAGCACUAGAAGAAAGUGCCCACUCGACGUUAUUACAGUGCAAGAAGAUCCAAGCCUACCAUCAUCCUUCGUUCCCGUCAACUCCAAGGACGGCGUGAUUCGUGUCUCUACUGAUCUCAACAUCGUGUUCAAUACUGACAGGGACACAGGAUGUCCUCAAUUCACCGUGUGGAAGGUCGACGACUACGAUAAUAGCACUGGACAGUGGUUCGUGACGACGGGCGGGGUUGUGGGGAAUCCUGGACCACAAACAGUGAGGAAUUGGUUCAAGAUUGAGAAGUAUGAAGAUGGUUAUAAGUUGGUGUACUGUCCAAAUGUGUGCAGGAAGUGUAAUAAUGUUCCGUGCAAAGAUAUUGGGACGUACCACUGCUACAAAAUAAGCUUACAGGAGCGCUUUUUUUUUUAUCUUAGAAAGCACUUUUGA